AUGGCGCAUCUCAUGACAAAGCAUUUCAGAGAUGCUUCAGUUCAGUGUCUGUCUAUUCUUCAGGUGAAGUUGCCGGCUCAGAUGGAAGUGGUCACCACUGAAGAGCUGAUGGCUCACCUUGGUGAAUGUGUGCUGUCCAUCAAACCGCGGGAGAAAGCAGAAGGCAUGGAGCUCAAUUUCCAGCAGAACAUGAGCGACACGAUGGCUGUGCUGCCAAAGUUGUCCACAGGCCUCGACGUUAAUGUGCGUUUUACAGGUGUGUCGGAUUUUGAGUACACUCCUGAGUGCAUCGUCUUUGAUUUGCUUGACAUUCUGCUCUACCACGGCUGGCUUGUCGACCCACAGAGUCCUGAGGUGGUGUCUGCAGUGGGCAAACUCAGCUACAACCAACUGGUGGAGAAGAUCAUAGAUUUCAAGCACUCGACAGAUAGCAGUCAAGUCAGUGAAGGUUUGAUAGCAGAGCAAUUCUUGGAGUCCACAGCAACCCAGCUGUCGUAUCACGGCCUGUGUGAGCUCAACACGACAGCCAAGGAAGGAGAACUAUUGUGUCACCCUUCCCAGAAACCCUCAGCAGCCAGCCAUCCCUCCGCACAACAGCAGCAGCAAAUGCAGAUCGACCAGGACUAUCUGGUGGCGAUGUCCCUGCAGCAGCAGCAGGGUGAAGCUCCUGGACCCAUGAGUGAUCUUGAGCUGGCCAGACAGCUGCAGCAGGAGGAGUACCAGCAGCCACAAACACAACAGCACCAGCCCUCAGCAGGACAGAUGAGAGGUCAGGCCGCGUCUCCGCACGGAGGACAGAGGCGCCGGGAAAAGAAGGACGACUCGGAUUGCUGUAUUCUUUAGGUCAAAGUCCACUAACCACCAUAACCAGACUCUCAAAUCCAGUUCAGCUUCUUCUGUACCACUACUGAAACAUGGGACUUCACUCUUAGCAGACCUGUCGUCCCAAUGCCAAGCCUGCCUUUACAGUACAGUUGACCCCUCGUUUUCGCCUUUCCUUUAUCCUCAUGGUUGGAACUGUUGCUCAUCGUUGUCUACUGGACCAAAUAAAGGUAGCAAUUGUUUCCAAGCACUAAUGAGCGUUUGUUUGAGCUCCUAACUAUGCCAUUAAAGAUUGAAGACUGUAAUGGUAAAUAAUCAGGUAUUGUAAUAAGAAUUUAAUAUUACACUGAAAUGCUACUGUCUCAAGUUGAUCUGUACAUAGUUACUUGUCAUCGGCUUUUCAUCCAAAGUGAUGUACAGUACACUAAGUACACAGGGCUCCGUGGAGCUC